AUGGUAAUAGUAAAUAGUUUAACUGUAUCACCAGAUCCUGUUGCUUUACCAGGAACAGUCACAAUAGGCUUUUCUGUUCUCUUCAAAGAUACUGUCAACUCGCCUGUAUCGACUGAUGUACAAAUCAAGAAGAGCGUGUUUGGAACUUUUGUGACUAUUCCUUGCAUCGAAAACUUUGGUUCCUGUCAUUAUGAUGAUUUCUGUACCAUUCUCUCAGGAGUGACUUGUCCUGAAGAGUUCCAGGAACACGGCAUUCCUUGCAACUGUCCAUUUACCACGGGUAAUUAUACUUUAAUGCCAGGUAUAAGUUUUACAGUAGAUGUACCAUUCUUACCGAGUGGUGAUUACUACGCUUCAGCUAAUAUGACCAGUAACAAACAACAUGUGGGCUGUGUUGAACUCUACGCAACAUUUGCUUAA